AGACUCUAGUAAAUCUAGUUACUAGUUUAGGGCACGAAAAACGUCGGUCACGUGACAUUUUUGCCUUGCAUUUUAUCACCACCCAAUACUUACUCAGGGUGGUGGUAGUAUGCGAAGCUAUCUGCAAAAAUUUUACCGCGACCAAUUUACAGUGAUAUUUGAUGCAGACUUCAGCAAAGAUGUUUUGUUUACAGUAGUUUACAUUGUCGCUAGACAUUCUGAUGAUUUGUGAACUUCACCAUCUUUUGUGUUGACUUAAAAUACCACCUUGUUCAAAACUGCCCGAAAUACCACAGACGAUAGAUCGACUUAUUUCUUUUGUGUGGAACACUGUGGCCAUGUGCCACCACAAACAUAUAGAUCUAUUUUAAUAAUUUUAUUGUCGCAAAAAUGAUCAAACUUGGGUGAUUGUGAUGUGAUGAUGUAAGAAAACAUUGCAAACAUGCCUUCAUUCUUAUAUAAAACACAAUGGAACAUGAUAAAUGUGCUAGGCAAGAGGAAAAAAUGUAUGCUGACUAUAUUGAUAACCUGUACUUUUAUCUACUGGCUUUUAAACAUGAAAAAUGUGCAGAAUUUAAAACAGCAUGUGUUAGUGGAGCCGUGUGAUGAUAAUGAAACAAAAGGUGUUAUAAGUCAAAUAUGUCAUCUCUACAAAGCCAAGGAAAUUGUAGGAGAUUUAUGUGCUCCACUUUGUGAAAAUAAUUUAGUUACUUAUACAAAGUGUCUCAACUAUAAGUACAGCAAAUACAUCAUCCAAGUUCAGUGCAGACACCUAUGUAAUACCCAACAGAUUGUACCAGCUGUUUUAAAAAUGAAACGUAUCAAUGGGUCCAAUGUUAAUGACUAUCUGGUUUAUAGUGGCUUAGAUCUGCUGGCUCUUCUAAGCAAACGCUCAAGCAUUGCUAGCUAUAAUCUUCAAGAAUAUAUUAUUACAUCAAGGAAUCUUUCUAUUUUGACAGCAGAUCUUUUGAAAAAUGAAUAUGGUUUUUUUGCAAGGGAAGGUCAAGAUAUUUUGAGUCUUCUUUGGGGAGAUGAUUACGCUGAUUAUUUCAAAGGCACAAAAACUAAUCUCCUGUUUGCAAGAUCAUACUGGUCAGCAGUAAAACAGAAUGAAUUAAGAAUCUCGAGGAUAUUUGAUGACUGGGAUGUUUUCCCUGAAGUUUAUGGUACCUGUGGGCCACUAUAUAUCACAGAACAUAAUCCCUCAUUAAAAUCUCUUGACAAGUAUUUUUCAUUUUUAAGAGCUGAGUUUCCCCCUUGGAAUCAGAGAGCUAAGCUUGCCAUUGAAAUUCUUCAUUUUGUGCAAAAGACAGAUGCAAUGGAGCAUUCUCUUCACCUGUGUGAUAUCAAAUCUCCACAUUUUGGUUUUACAGUUGGAAAUACAGUGAAAUUUAUAGAUGCUGAAACAGUAUUAGCAGAUGAAGCAUUUAACCGUGAUAUGAGUGCAUUGAAAUGUAAUGCACAUAAAGAUUGUGCUAUUUUUGACUGUGAAGGGUUGUGUGAUUUCAACACACACAGGUGUCUGCCUAUGAGAAUAAAUAACAACUUACAGACUGUUUGUAACAAAGUCUUCAGGGGAACUAUCUUUUCUUCUGUAGGUGGCCUCCUGUAUUCUCCCCCUCACAAGUUUGCUGAAAAGAUUAUAUCUCUAAUAAAUCAUUGUGCUGAUAUGGAGCAAAAAGAGGGUAAAGUUGUCUUAAAGAAACCUGGACAGGAAAUACUUUCAGAUUUAAAACAAAUUUUAAUGGAGAGUAUUGAUGGACAGCAUUAACAGACUUGUUUCUUUUUCAUAGUUUUCUCAGUAACAGUUUAAAUACAUUUUUAGCCAUUUUAUGCUAAAGUAGCACAUUACAUCGCUCAUUAUUACUUCCCUAAAAUGUUUGCACCUUUAAAUUAUUUAACUUUUUAAAAAUAGCUUUGGCUUAGUUUGUAUUAUUUAAUUGCAUGGUAUGUUUGGGUAAAGUAUUGACUUUUAAAAACACCAACAGUGCCUUGCCACAAUUGUUUUAUUGCUAAAAUGCUGAUUAAACUUCCUUUUUUAAAUAUCUUGUCAUAUUUACAGUAUUUUUUUUUAAUUCUGUAAUUGACAAGAAAGGCACAUUCUUUGUUUCUAAACUGUUUUGUUUUAAGACUUUUUAAACUUUAAUAUUGUUUGACACUCUUUAAUUUAAUGCUUUCUGCUGUGAUAGUUAGCUUUGCAUUGUAGCUGCAUUCCAUUGGGAUCACUAUAGGUUGUAGUGUCUGGUUUUGUGCCCAUACAGUCUAUCCAAUAUAUAUGUUAAUCUCUUCUAAUGUCAGUUAGAGCUCUUAUUACACAAAAUGCACAACCUCAAUUCUGUAAUAGCAAUUUCAUUUACUAAUCACCUAUUGGUAUUUUGAUCUUGAUAUUUUAAAUUUUUUUAAAGUAUUGAUUUUCAGUAAUUUAUUAUUAAUUAUGAGCUGACCCGCAGCAUAUCAUACGCCACUAUUUAGUUAUUUUAAUUUUCUAUUUUUCAUUACUUCAUAGUUAGUGAAU